AAAAAAUUAAUUUAUAUUUAAAUUUAAAAUUAAAUAUUUAUUUUUGUUUUUGUUCCGUUUUACCCCCUUUUUUGUCUUAAAAAUAACGAUAAUUUGAACGAUCGUCCCUAAAGUGUUUCGAAAAGUGACGAAAACUAAGAAUAAUUUAUCAUCAAGAAUAUAUCUCAAAAAUAUUUUGUACAAAAGUGCUUAAUGUUAAUUUUAAAUUAAAACAAAAAAAAUUAAAAAUCAUUUUUUCUAUUUGAAAAUGUUUAUUAUUUCCUCCUCAUUUAUGAGUGCGGAUCAGUGAAUAUUUUUGACGCCAUCAAGUCGAAUGUGUUUUUAUUUUUUUUUUUUUAUUUUUUUCUUCACAAGAGAGAUCAACUUAUCUAUUUUAAUCUGUGAUAUAACAUUGAAAAUAUAAAUUGCAAAAAGUACAAGAAAAAAAAAAGUCAAAUUCAUUUUCUUCGUUCGACUUUUGCUUUUUUUUUUUUUUUUUUGUUAAUUUUCUUUUUUUGAUGUGAGAAAGAGUGAAGAAAAUAUUGCUGAUCGUCUUUAUCGUCGUCGUCGUGGUUUGGUGUUCGUCAUUGUCGUCGUUUGGAAAAUUUGGAUUAUUGUCUGUGUAGACAAAAUACACACGCAUUUGGAAAAUAAGGAAAAACUUUCUGCUGUUCUGUGUCUGCUGAAACCCCCCCCGGGUUUUGGUGAAUAUACUACAGACAGGCACACGUUUUGCGCCUACUUUUAUUCUGGCUGCUGAAUUUUUAUCAUAGUCAGCGCAAUAAAUCAUAAUUAUGCGAUAAGCUAAAAAAACUAUCAAGCGAUACAAAUCUACUACAUCGUGCAAGGUGCAAAAUGAUAGAAGAGCAAUAAAAAGAAAAAAAUAUGCGAUCAAAGAUCAGUUGCAAUGAAUUUCCAAUAUUCCGACAAUAAAUGUGUGAAAAUGCAAGAGAUUUUCCAUCAGCACCAAUACCAACAACGGUCACGUGCUGCUAUUCCCCGCCGCCAACUUCAUCGCCAUUAUCUUCUAUUGCUUCUAUAACGACUUUAACGGCAAAGGCAACGACAAUAACGACACCUUCGACACUAGCGACACCACCGUCAACAGAAGAAAAUAUGAUUUCUUCGCAACAGCAAUUAUUAUCGUCUAAGGCAGGUGAAAAUGUUGUUGCUAUAAAUAAUAAUAACAGCAACAACAUCUUAAGUAAUCAACAGCAGCAACGCAUGCAGCAACAAACAAGCAGUAACCAGCUUAGUAAAGCUGCCUCCUCUAUUGCGAUCAAUCAUAAUAGAAACCAGCAGCACCAUAAUUUUUCCAGCAGCAGUCAGCUGCCGAUAAAGAAAAUCGAAAGUCAUGCCACUCCCCCGGUUGCUAUUCCGCCCAGGUUAAUGACUGCUGCUGCUGCUGCUGCUGCUGCUGCUGGCCCCCAAACAGGCUCCUCGCCAGCCUCGAGUUUAUCUUUAUCGUCGUCUACUUCUUCACCAUCGACAUCUCCGCCACCGCCGCCUUUGCCGCCGAAAUUAACGAAAACUCUAUCGGCUGGUGUCAUCCAUCGAAUAUUAAACAAUUAUCCCUCUAACAACAACAGCGACGCUUGUGGCUAUUCAACGAACCAGUUAAGCCGCAGCAUGAUGGCUCCAAAUCAAAAGCCAAUUACAUCCAUGACCAAUAAUAUGUCAAAAUCAAUAACCAACGAUAGUAGUUUAAAUAAUAAUCUCGACCUGUUGCUCGAGAAGAAACUCCAACUAACUAAGGAUGUCUCAAUUCCGACAACAACAUCAACAUCAUCAUCGGUUCCUGGCAAAGAAAGUGACUAUUACGAUGCUGAAAUCGAUUACAUGAACAAGUAUUUGCAAAGUUUGCCCGAUUAUGGUGAACUGGAUAAGAAAAUCCACAAGGAGUACAAAAAGUGCGAAGACCUCUGCGAUCAAAUGCAAAAUUUCAACACCAAUCAGGGUGUAUCGUCGCCAUUUAGACGCCAACCGCUACAGCCAGUAGCGUCUACACAAGCAGCGCAACCACUUUCUAAAUCGAGUUCACAUCAAAGUGUAACAUCAGCUUUAACUUCAUCAUGCUUACCAUCGUUGUCGUCGUUGUCGUCGACGGUAGGCAACAGCAGGCCCCCCAUCGUGUAUCCCAGACCUGUUCUGACAUCGUCAUCGAUAAAUAUCCCAACUGCAGAUGCCCCUGUUGCUGGAUCAAAAUCUCGUCUGCAGUUUCCUUCUACGGCUACACCAUCACAACCAACUACGAAACUUAUGAGAAGUAUAUCAAGUUCGCAUGUACCGCCACAAUAUGGUGGUGGUGGCGCUGCUGUUGUUCCACCACCGUCCAACAAGCAUAUUCAAAUGCUGCCAAUGUCCAAUGCCCCUAUUUCACCCUCUCAAGCUUCUUCUGCCUUGCAAAAAAGCGCAUCAAAUACUUCAAUAAAAUCCAAUUUAAGUGUUGGCAAGCAACUUAUGAAUAAUUUCUGGUCAGAAAAUAUGGGCUCCUCGGUGAAAACGCCAAAGAAAUCAAUUUGGAAUUAUGAGAAAAUUUGCGCUCCCACAGCUUCAGUUGUGGAACCAAGGAGAUUCAAACAAAACCCUGAACCACAACCGAAUAAACUACAAAAGAACUAUUCACUUUCCCAUUUGGACAGACAAAUCCAACAGAGUGCAACCAAAGAGGAUCUGUAUAAACUCAUGUGCAAUGACAAUCCCCAACCGCCAGCUAAGCCAUUGGGAACGAAUUUCAUGAGUAAAGUGCCAGUAAAAGUGAUUCAACCUAACAAACCCGAACCUCCGGAGGGUCAAAUGAGUCUAAACAAGAGUGUGUCAUUGUCACAUGUGCCCGGGAGCAUGGGGGUCUUAAGGUCGGCGAGUAAAACUCACAUACCGUGCUAUAUGAAACAUCUUCCAUCGCUAAGUCGAAGUACUUCGAAUAGUGCGAUCUUGAUAAAUCAAAAGGACAUCAAGGAAAAACAGCCAUCACAGAAGCCGCCAGCUCCAGCGCCACCUAUGCCGACGGUGAUGACAACAUCGACCCCCCUUGUAGCAUCAUCAUUAACAAAUCCAGGUCUACUUAAGUCGGCAUCAAGUUCAAGUGUUUUCAUGCCGAAAUAUCAACCGUUCUAUUUGCGGUCUAAUGAAUCAGCAGUUCCGAAACAGCAACAACAACAACAACAGCUGCAACAGCAACAGAAUCAGCAUCAUCAAACACAUACAGAUGUUUCUUCACCAGCAAAUAUGACGCAUGCAACACAACCACAACACGAUAGAAAAUCUGAAAACAGCAGCAGUAGCAGCAGCAUAGUUACAAGCAAUUGCUGCGCUACACAUUUGCCUCAGCUUUCAAAAUUUACCUCAUCAUUUCAUAUUCCGCCGACGGCAUCGUCGUCGUCGUCUUCAUCGAAUGCGACCAACAAACAGCAACAACAACAAAUACAAAAUUCAUCUGCGGCGCCGAUGAUGCCGGCGGCGACGGAACCACAACAUCAACCUCCACCAACAUCAAUAGCUGCUGCUAGCGUUGGUGGCGGUGGCGGUAGUAGUGGUGGUGGCUAUAAAAUUGCGAAAACACAGAGCAACGUUGAUUUAGAACUUUCGAAACGCCAAAAAGAUGCCGAAAAUAAAAUAGAGAAGUGUCUCAAUGAUAUGUUAAAAAUAUCUUCUUCAACCAAUUACAACCAACAACAACAGCAGCAGCAGCAGCUAAAUCAGCAUCAACAACAACAACAACUGUCGUCGGUGAAUUCCCCUGCAUCAUCCUUGGCAUCGUCGCAGUUGGGUUCAACCACAACAACGAUGGCAAAGUCAGACAAAUGUCAUUUACAGCCACAGCCCCAGCAACAACAACAACAAAAUCAACUGCAAAUGCAACAACCUGUUAUUGCUGCACCACUCGGUUCGGCAGCCGUUUUGGGCGCCAUGCAACAAAAAUCAUCACAAAUUAGACCAAAUCCGAUUGGAAAAUCAUAUAGUGCAUCGCAAGUACAUCAAGCUUAUCAUCGACAAGCUAUAUUGCAACAUCAACAGGCACAACAGGAACAAAUACGUCAACAUCAACAGCAGCAGCAACAACACCACCAACAUCAACAACAACAACAGAAAAAACCGUUAACAAGUUGGAAUGCCUAUGGAAUGGAUCCAUACAUGCAACAACAACAAAAGUUUAUAAAUCAAUCCAAACCCCAACAACAACAGCAACAGUCGUCAAUGCCUGUCACAUCAAACAACCUGUCAUCAACAAGUGGGGGCGCUAGUGUCGUCGGCUCUGCAGUGGGGAUGAUGGCCCCACAGUCAGUUUCUUCUGUUCCGCCCAAAACGAAUUUCUCCUUUGAGAAUGCGUUUUCAAAACUUAAAAACAAUAAAGAGAAUAAAUUCCUCCCACCAUUGGGUUUCCUUCAACAAAAACCAAAUCCUUUAUCCCAUUCUGCCUCAUUUACUGUUGGAAAACCCACGGCUGCAUAUCAACAACACCAAAUGCACCAACAUUUACCUACCAAACAAACAUUCAAUAAUUUUAAAAAUGGCGGAGGUGGUGGUGGGGGUGUAGGUGGUUGUUGUUACAACUUGGGCCAUUCCGAUGAUCGAAAGAAUAUUUUACAACCAUUCGAUCCGUAUUAUUAUGCGAAACAACAAGCGGCGGCGACAAUGGGUAGUAAUUCGAAUGUGGGAGGAGGACAACAACAACAACAGCAACAUUAUGUACCCAAUAUAUCGCAACCACAACAAAUUCCUGCGCAACAACAACAUCAACAGCAACAACCAAACACAACACAAUCAUCUAUGUGUUUCAAUCCUUGUAAUAUGUCUAAAUCAGCACUACAUUAUCUCGAGAAAAUAAUAAAUAAAAAAAAAAGAAUGGAUAAACGUGAAAAAAGCUUAACGGUUGCGUCGACAAAAACUUUAAUACCACCGCUAGUCGAUUUGGCAUCGUCGCCAUCUUCAACACCUUCUAAACCAGCUACAACAACAAAUACACCAACAUCGGCGUCAACAUCAACAUCAUCAUCAUCAUCAACACCAAGGCGCAAUCGUUAUAUCCGAAGCUCGACAGCAAGUGUUACACAGUUAUUGUCCGAUAGUUGCAACAGCCUGCUGCAAAGAUUUCGUCGAAAUCCGAGCGAAAGACCUGAUAAAAGGCAAAAUCGCUUCGAGCUUAGUCCAUCAGAAUCCGCUCCAGAUAUAAAUUUAAAAAACGAUUCCAUGAGUGAUCGCAGUCGGAAUCGUUACAACACAUCAACGUCCGGCUAUGGAAGUGGUUCCGGAAUUGGCGGCGGCGGUUAUACGAAAAGUCACACUUCAUCGGCAUUAGAUAGGUUACGUUCGAAUCUAAGUCCAGUUAGUUCGUAUUAUAAACCGUUAAUGCGAACAUUCGGUCGGCGAGAUGAUGAAUCAACGACAGUUUCUUCAACAAAAAAAAAAGACAACGGUGAUAGAGAUAAAACACCAAUAGCCGAUGGUAAACAAGUUUCAACAAUAUCCCGCCUCGAAUCGAAAUAUUCCGAUGUAUUGGAUCGUUUUGCGAGGAGAAAACGUCACAAUGACAAAGAUCGAGAUAAAACACUCGAACCGGAUGGAGGAAGUGGAAUUCCUCUCGCACGUUCCUCAACCUCCGUUCAGUUACCAAGUUCUUCGUCGAAAAUAACUGGCAGUGGAUCAGGACUUGGUAAUUCGUAUUCGUUUAGUACGGCUGAUCGAAAAGAACGAACACCAUAUCGAUUAUCGUCGAGAAAUAGAACCACUAAAUAUCUGGUCGAUUCUGCUGAUAGUGGAUAUCUAACUAGCAGUAAUGGUAGUAGAUCUCGACCAGAAUUGACCACUCUAAAUGAUAGUUCUCGUUAUGGUCGUUAUGAGUAUGAUCCCCUGUUGGCGGGAAGUAGAUACAAAGACUCGGCUUAUGAUCCAUCAAAUAAAUAUGCAUCGAGUUUUAAACCUCGAAGUGGAUUGGAUUAUAGCAAUUACUAUGAUGGUUCUAGAGGAUCUGACAAGGAAAACCAGUACAAGUAUCGAUAUGACCCGGAUGAAUUGUAUGCCGAUCUAAAUAACCACUAUGAACCUGAAUCCGGUUCAAGAAGACGUCAAAAGUCCUAUCGUCGAAAUAACACUACUGGUGAUCCAUUAUCGUUACGCUAUCAUAUUCCAGACUAUGAGCGUGAACCCUAUGCCGCCGCAGCAGCUACGGCAUCAGCCAGUAGUCGUUUCACAGGACGAAAUAAUCGUAGUUCAUAUGGGGUACAACGAUCAAAAACUCAAGGCAAUAUUUCCGAAUACGAUCUGAGGGAAUACGAAGAAGGCGAAGAUCGAUCGUCGGAAGAUAAUGCUGCUAUCUUAGCAGCUCUCAAAGAAGACAAUAAUGACGCCGAAGCGAGAGCUUUCUCUGAUCGCAUUGCCAAACGGAAGCAAAUUAAAAAAAUGAUUAUGAAAUAUGCUCAAGAUGAUGCCUACGAUUCGGAGCAACAGAAAGAUGAUGCAAAUUCAACAACAGUCACAGCUGAUGGUAGCAAUGCCAUUAAGGAGGAUAACGAACGAUCUCAUGUAACUAGUCCCAGUCGUGGUAGUUCGCCCAAACCUACUACUAAAUCCACAAAAACCACCAAUCACGAUACGAUAAUAAACGAUAGAAACAACAACAACACAAUUUCCACCCUUACAACCACCACAGCCCCCAUAACAACAGCCUCUGCCUCAAGUAGAAAAGUUAAAUCCCCUCCUGUGGCGGCGUUAUUGCAUAGUAAUAAUGAUCGUUAUGCACCGCGCGAUCUUCAUUUCAAUCGAAGAGAUUAUGCUGUUAGUAGUCGACAGUUUUAUAAUCCUUUGGUAAUGCCAACAACUGGAGGAGGAGCUUCCACUAGUGGCGCUAAUAGUAGUAGUAGUAGUCACCUAAUGAAUAAAUACCCUUCCACCUAUAAAUCCUAUUUGUUUGACAACAAUCACAAUCGAUUGUUGAACAGCAGGAAGCCAAAUAUUGGAGCAACGGCAUCCAAUUCCUCGGCAGCUGCAUCUGCCAUGUAUUCGUUAGCCAAGUCGUCGUCUUCAUCGGCUUUGUAUGGGCACAAGUCACGCAUUCCAAAAACACUUUACUCCUUUCAAGCAAAGCCAGUUAUUCAAGAUGAUGCUGAUGGCCACUUGAUAUAUCACACUGGCGACAUUCUUCAUAACAGAUAUAAAAUCAUGGCUACACUGGGCGAAGGCACAUUUGGACGUGUUGUUAAGGUCAAAGACAUGGAAAGGGAUCACUGCAUGGCCUUGAAGAUUAUUAAAAAUGUUGAGAAAUAUCGCGAAGCUGCAAAACUUGAAAUUAAUGCACUGGAAAAAAUUGCUCAAAAGGAUCCCAAUUGUGAUCAUUUGUGCGUAAGAAUGAUUGAUUGGUUUGAUUAUCACGGACACAUGUGCAUUGCAUUUGAAAUGCUCGGUUUGAGUGUUUUCGAUUUCUUGAGAGAGAACAACUAUGAACCAUAUCCGCUGGAACAAGUGAGGCACAUGGCAUACCAACUUUGCUAUUCAGUUAAAUUCUUACAUGACAACAGACUAACGCACACGGAUCUGAAGCCUGAGAAUAUAUUAUUCGUUGACUCCGAAUACACAACACAUUAUAAUCAUAAGAUUAAUCGCGAAGUACGUCGCGUUAAAAGUACAGAUGUUCGUUUAAUUGAUUUCGGAAGCGCUACAUUUGAUCAUGAACAUCAUAGCACAAUAGUCUCGACGCGUCACUAUCGAGCUCCGGAAGUUAUCCUCGAAUUGGGAUGGUCGCAACCGUGCGAUGUUUGGUCAAUUGGUUGUAUACUAUUUGAGUUGUAUUUGGGCAUUACACUCUUUCAAACACACGAUAAUCGUGAACAUCUUGCCAUGAUGGAAAGGAUCUUAGGACAGAUACCAUAUCGUAUGGCACGUAAUCAUGUUCUUUUCAGUAAAACCAAAACAAAAUACUUUUAUCAUGGUAAGUUGGACUGGGAUGAGAAAUCAUCAGCUGGACGAUAUGUCCGCGAUCAUUGUAAGCCACUGUUUAGGUACCUGAUGUCCGAAAGUGAUGAUCAUUGUGAGCUAUUUGACUUAAUUAAGAAGAUGUUAGAGUAUGAACCAAGUCAACGUAUUACGUUAGGAGAAGCACUGCGUCAUCCAAUAUUUGAAAAACUCCCACCUCACCAACGCAUCGGUGAUCUCGGCAACAAUGUUGCGGCUUCUGGCAGUAGCAGCCGCGAAAGGUCGCACAGUUUAUCAAGAUGAGAUUUAGCUCGAUUUGGUUAUUGUUAGUUAAUACAACAAAAACAAUCAACAAGGAAAAUCAAAAUACAUGUUUGCAGAUAUAAUAUUAAUAAAUAUUUAUAUAAUACACAACAACAACAACAAACAAACAAAGAAGAAGAACCCUUAAGUACCAAUAUAAAGCAAAAGAAGGAGAAAAACUAAACAAACAGAUGAAAAGGGGAACAACUACAUAAAUCAACUUUAUCCACAACUAUACGCAGAUCCAACAAGGAAACUUAGUUAAUAUAAAUUUAUUAUUAUUAUUUUACAUUUAAUAACUUACUAUUAUUGUUUAAUUUUCUCUCUUUUUCUUGUUUAAAUUUUUAAAAAACAAAAGCAAAAAUAACAAUAUUGGUUUGUUUUUUCAGUUUGAAAAUUUUUGAACUUUCUUAAUUUUACUAUUAUUUGUAAUUUGUAAGUUUAGUCAAACAAAGACAAAAUUUAAAUUUUGUACAGUUUUACUGUAUGCAUAGUUUAUUAUUUUUAAAUUUAAUUUUCUUUUUAUUAAUUAAAAACAAAAAUUAAAUAAAUAGAAAUUAUACCUCUAUUAUAAUGUUAAAAAAUAAAGUUAUGUGCAAAACUUAA